AUGGCUGCCUUUGAAGAGACACGGUCCAUUACAAGCCCAAGUCGCCAGCAGCGCAUCCUUGGCGCCCUGCUUGGCGUGCAUGCGGGCGAUGCGCUAGGCGCGACGGUCGAGUUUGAGGCGUGGGAGGAGAUCCGCAACAGUCAUCCAAAAGGCGUGCGGGACGUGGUCGGCGGCGGACCGUUUGACUGGCCGGCUGGUCACGCGACUGACGACACGGACCUGACUAGGGCGGUCCUGCUGGCAUACCGCGACGUCGAGGCGCGACGCCGUUCCCAACCUGCUGAUGCUCCAUCUGGGCUGUCAUCCGAGAACCGCCAUGUUGCCACCAUCGCCGCUCAGUACAUGGUCGACUGGUACGACGGGAAGUGGCCGGGCCGCACUCGCGGCCAGCCUCCUCGCGAUAUCGGCGGCGCCACGGCUAGGGGCAUCUACAAGUUCAAGAAGACAGCCGACGUGCGGAACGCUGGCGCCGGCAUGGGCAGCGCCGGCAACGGGUCCCUUAUGCGCUGCAUACCUACCGCCCUGCUUACGUCAGAACCAUGUCCGCUCGAGUCGGAAUCCAUCCUCAUCUCGGCAGUCACCCACAAUGACCCCCACUGCACCAUUGCCUGCGCAGCCUACAACGCCAUGGUGAGUGCCCUGCUCGACGCCAAAGCUCCGGCCGAUGCCUGGCAGAUCGGCCGAGACACGGCCUCGCGCAUCGGCGCCGCCACCCACAACAUGGUCACCGGCGAUGCCACUGCCGCGUUCGAGCAGCGUGCCGCAGGCAAGGUCGAGGCGGCUCUGGAUGCCGGAAAGUUCCUCGUCAGCCUCCGUGACCUCGCCGACAAGGGACCCGUGGCCGCCGAAAACGGCCCUCGAGCGCUACCCUUCAAGGGCGCUGGCUACGUACUCGAGUCCUUGAUCAUUGCUGUCGCCGCCCUCUUCGACCCGCGCCCUCUCGAGGAGGCCCUUGUCGACGUGGUUCGAAUUGGACGGGACACUGACACCAAUGCCGCCAUUGCUGGUGGCAUAUUGGGAGCACGCGAUGGCGUUGAUGCGAUACCCCUACGCUGGCGCGAGAAGCUGCAGUUUGUCGUCGAAUUUACCGAGGUGGUUGACUUUAUGCUCGUCUCCCCGGGGCCUCAAGCACUUGACCCUCAUCAGCAUCAGAACUAA